AUGUCAAAGAACCAUCGCCUCUGGCCGCUGCUGAGCUUCCGGCAUUCCCGCGAGAAAGCGGACACAGACACAGACCCUGCAGGACUUAUUGCCUCUCAUGGACAUGACACACGUUCGGAGACACCAGACGACCAUUUACAAACCAGCGAUUCAAGGCGUCGUCGCUCGAUAUCAUGGUUGAGAAUUUCAAAUCGCAAUAAGAACAAAGAUGCAGAAACAAAGCCCACAAAACUCGAUCAAGAAGAAGCAAACACUCAGCCGUACUUGAGUCAAACAGAGUAUAAGGAUGAACCUGAUACCAGCGAAGGAAAAUUAAGUGGUUCGGCAGGAUCAAUUAUGUCUGCGCAAGGGACCCCAAUCAAAGAAGAGGAAGGAGGGCAAGCCGAAGCGAACAUUGCGAGGCUGGGAGAAAAGGUGAUGAAGGAUCUGUGGAGUGAGGCAUAUAAGAAGCUCCACAGCGAUAAUGCCAGUUUAGUCGAAUCAUAUGAGACGGUUUUACUGGCUCCUGAGACCGAUCAUAUGGGUGGACGAUCUUCGACUACGCAGGAGAAAACGGACCGACAAAAGAGAAUCCAAGACCUGGUUUUCUGUAGACUCCAGGAUAUGGAACAGGGUCGGUUCGAUAUUCCGAAAAGAAGUAGGCAAGGUGUCAUCGGGGAUUAUGUUCGUCGUACUGUUCAUGGCAUUCUCUAUGCGAAAGACUUCGUUACAGCAGCAAUUAGCGCUGAGCCCCAUGCUGCACUUGCAUGGGCUGGAGUCGUGAUGGUGCUCCCAAUGCUGUGGCAGGACUCGAGUUCAUCUCAGAUCUUUUGA